AUGGGCUGGACAUCAACGGACAAAAGACUUAUUGGAAGGAUGACAACAGCAUGUUUAUGUAUUAUCCAGAAGAGCAGGUGGCACAUUGUGCCGAGCAUCGACCCGGAGUCCGGGGAGGAGACCUUCCGGGUGGUGGAGGCCGGGGGCAGGGCCGGCCUCGCGUACUCCACCCCCAAGAGCGCCGGGGACUGCUCGAGGGCCGUCUGGGUGGAGAACGUGCAGGGCGACUGGCUCGAGGUGCUGCUGCAGGUGGAGCCGCUCUCUGGCUCCGCCCCGCGGGGUGCAGCGCCGGGCCCCGAGGAGGCGGCUCGCGUGCCGAGCAGCAUGCAGCUCGAGCUGUGGGCAGAGGCCGCGCAGCAGACCUUCGAGAAGCGUGCGCGCGAGCAGGAGCUCGCCGCCGCAGAGCGGAAUGCCAUCCUGCGGAGGAAGGAGCUCGGAGCUUGGCGCUCCGGUCACGCGAGGAGCUCGGGCGCCCCCUCGGCGCACGGCGGCUGGCCGUCUCCAAGCGAGAGGGAGGUGAACCUCCCUCAGAACCCGCUGCUGAGCAAGCCGCAGGCAGCUGCCACCCGGGAGGAUGCGCCUCCAGAGCGGGUGCCGCUGAAAUUCUACCGUCCAGACGAUGAUCAGCCACGCCCAGGUGCGCAGCUGGCUCAGAGCAGGCCCCCUCAUCGCAGUCUGGCGGGUGCGCGGCCCGAGGAUGACGACGCAUGUGGUGACCGAAAGCCGCUGGUGCAGCCCCCCGCUGUGGACGCGCCUGCCCCACGAGCGGCCGUGGCGCCAGCGCUUUCUCACAUCUCGGCCCCUGAAGGAGUUCCCUCGCCAGCUGCCAGUGCAAUCGCGAAGCUGCGAGGAGAUGGGCGCCAACCUGCUGGGGCACUGCAUCCGCCAGCGGCUCCGCCGGCGCUGCAGCCGCCGACCUCUUCGGCGGCCCCGUGCGCGGCGUCGACAGACUCUGGCGCCUCCUUGGGACUGCGGGACGGGCACGCCUCUGUCGCGGCGUCCGCUGCGAAGGCACCGUGGGAGCCGCAGCUGCAGGCGGGGCCACCGCCCGCGCCCGCAGCGGAGGCGGCGGCGUCGCAGCCACAGCCAGGCACCCCGCCGGAGGCGUUCGAGGUUUCAGCGCGACAGCUGGCGGUUCACGCUGGGAAUGUGCGGACGGCGCCCAGGCCAGCCCUUGUGUCGGAGGUGCCCGUAUUCAAUGUGCCGGCACGGACUCCUAGCGCGCUUGACGAGGUGCGACCGGCGACGCAGCCCCCCCCGCCAUCACUGCCUCGUGCAGCAGCAGCUGUGGCAGCGGCCCCCUCGGCGCUACGGCAGGCGUCGGCAAGAAUGCCUGUGGAGGCCGCUCUCCAGGAGCAGCAGCAGCAGCAGCAGCAGCAGCAGCAGCAGCAGCAGCAGCAGCAGCAGCAGCAGCAGCAGCAGCAGCAGAAGCAGCAGCAGCAGCAGCAGCAGCAGAAGCAGCAGCAGCAGCAGCAGCAGCAGCAGCAGCAGCAGCAGCAGCAGCAGCAGCAGCAGCAGCAGCAACAGCAGCAGCAGCAGCAGCAGCAGCAGCAGCAGCAGCAGCGUGAGGCAGCUCUCGCCACGGGCUCGGCAGAGCAGCGCUCGCUGUCCAGAGAGGAGCCGUCCGAGCGUUGGCGCUGGAGCAGCUGGUGGCAGGGAGGGCCGUCCGUGCCGCCCGAGCGCCGUCUGGGGGCGGCCGCGGCUCACUCCAGAGAGGCGCCGUCCGAGCGCUCGUGGAGUGGCUCUGCUUCGUGGUCGAGCUGGUGGCACCCUGCUGAAAGAUCUGCAGCGGGAGGUGAUUGGCGAGAGCACUGGUACAGCCACAGCGGCUGGGAGGGCCGGAGCUGGGGGCGCGGCGCCAGGCAGGCCACCGAGGGCAGCAGCCAGGCCCAGGCUGUGCAUGGCACUGGGGAGGGAGCCGGCCACGAGCAGGGCAGCUGGAGGCAGGCUCCUCGAGGGGAAGCGGCCGACAGUUCGAAGCGAGACGUGGGCGCCAAGGGGCCCGACAGCAGUCCUGCUGCGGACGUUUCGAAGAGGGAAAAGAAGGACAAGAAAGACAAAAAGGACAAGAAGGAUAAGAAGCAUCGCAAGGACCCCGAGGGUGGAGAGAGAAAGAGGGCAUUGAGGGAAGCGGCGCGGCAGAUCCUGCUGGAUGGCACCGAGGGCAAGAGAUUGAAGAUGUCUGUUGCCAUGCGGGCUCACUCGGGCUUCCCUCCGAGCGUGGAUGGAUUCUUCAUGUUUAUGCGGGAGCGCGAGAAGAUUAGAAUUUGCCGAGCUCGCGGGAAUCCACCGCCCUGGACCGACGACGAGGUGCUGCAGUGCACUCGCGUCUGCAACGUGAAGCGGGGGCACGACCGCACCGGGGUGCUCAUCCAGCGGCUGCUCAGCGCGGAGGUGGCUGCGUGGGGCGAGCUCCACGAGGGAGAGUUCCGCGACCAGGCGACGCGCAGCAUCGUGCUCAGCGUGGCGCUCUGGCGGCGGUUCGGCUCUGCGGACUUCAUCGCGAGGCUGGGCUUCGUCCGUGCCCCGCGGACCCAGGCGGAGGUGAGCGCAAUUGUGGAGCGCGUCCUCGGCGUGGCCCUGGGCCUCUGGCGCGAGGUUCUGGCUCCCCGCUCGUGCGUGCACCGAUGCGUACGGGCCUGCUAA